AUGUCAGUCAGCGUGCACGAGAACCGCAAGUCCCGGGCCAGCAGCGGCUCCAUCAACAUCUACCUGUUCCACAAGUCAUCCUACGCGGACAGCGUCCUCACCCACCUGAACCUCCUGCGGCAGCAGCGCCUCUUCACCGACGUCCUCCUCCACGCGGGAAACAGGACCUUCCCCUGCCACCGCGCCGUGCUGGCCGCCUGCAGCCGCUAUUUCGAAGCCAUGUUCAGCGGCGGCCUGAAGGAGAGCCAGGACAGCGAGGUCAACUUCGACAACUCCAUCCACCCCGAGGUCUUGGAGCUGCUGCUCGACUACGCGUACUCCUCCCGGGUCAUCAUCAACGAGGAAAACGCCGAGUCGCUCCUGGAAGCCGGCGACAUGCUGGAGUUCCAGGACAUCCGGGACGCCUGCGCCGAGUUCCUGGAGAAGAACCUGCACCCCACCAACUGCCUGGGCAUGCUGCUGCUGUCCGACGCGCACCAGUGCACCAAGCUCUACGAGCUGUCCUGGAGGAUGUGCCUCAGCAACUUCCAGACCAUCCGCAAGAACGAAGACUUCCUCCAGCUGCCCCAGGACAUGGUGGUGCAGCUCCUGUCCAGCGAGGAGCUGGAGACGGAGGACGAAAGGCUCGUGUACGAGUCUGCAAUUAACUGGAUCAGCUACGACCUGAAGAGGCGCUACUGCUACCUCCCCGAGCUGCUGCAGACGGUGAGGCUGGCGCUCCUGCCGGCCAUCUACCUCAUGGAGAACGUGGCCAUGGAGGAGCUCAUCACCAAGCAGAGGAAGAGCAAGGAGAUCGUGGAGGAGGCCAUCCGGUGCAAGCUGAAGAUCCUGCAGAACGACGGCGUGGUCACCAGCCUCUGCGCCCGGCCUCGCAAGACUGGCCACGCCCUCUUCCUCCUGGGAGGGCAGACUUUCAUGUGCGACAAGCUGUAUCUCGUGGACCAGAAGGCCAAAGAGAUCAUCCCGAAGGCCGACAUCCCCAGCCCCAGGAAAGAGUUCAGUGCGUGUGCCAUCGGCUGCAAAGUGUACAUCACCGGGGGCCGGGGGUCCGAGAACGGGGUCUCGAAAGAUGUGUGGGUGUAUGACACCCUGCACGAGGAGUGGUCCAAAGCCGCCCCCAUGCUGGUAGCCAGGUUUGGCCACGGCUCUGCGGAACUGAAGCACUGCUUAUACGUGGUCGGGGGCCACACGGCCGCCACGGGCUGCCUCCCCGCCUCCCCCUCCGUCUCCCUGAAGCAGGUGGAACACUAUGACCCCGCGACCAACAAGUGGACCAUGGUGGCCCCGCUCCGAGAGGGCGUCAGCAAUGCGGCCGUGGUGAGCGCCAAGCUCAAGCUGUUCGCUUUCGGCGGCACCAGCGUCAGCCACGACAAGCUCCCCAAGGUCCAGUGUUACGAUCAGUGUGAGAACAGGUGGACGGUGCCGGCCACCUGCCCCCAGCCCUGGCGGUACACGGCGGCCGCCGUGCUGGGGAACCAGAUUUUCAUUAUGGGGGGAGACACGGAGUUCUCCGCCUGCUCUGCGUACAAGUUCAACAGCGAGACUUACCAGUGGACCAAGGUGGGGGACGUGACGGCAAAGCGCAUGAGCUGCCACGCCGUGGCCUCCGGGAACAAGCUCUACGUGGUGGGCGGGUACUUCGGCAUCCAGCGGUGCAAGACUCUGGACUGCUACGACCCGACGCUGGACGUGUGGAACAGCAUCACCACGGUCCCCUACUCCCUGAUCCCCACCGCGUUCGUCAGCACCUGGAAGCACCUGCCUUCCUAA